GCGGCGGCGGCGGCGGCGGCGGCGGAGCGGGCAGAGAGCGGGGCCGGGGCCGGGGCCGGGGCCGCGCCGGGGCCGGGGCCGGUCCGGGGGCGGGCGGCGGGGCCCGCCGGUCGGCCGGCGCCAUGGGCACGGUGCUGUCGCUGUCGCCGAGCUACCGGAAGGCCCCGCUGUUCGAGGAGGGGGCGGCCACGGUGGGGCACUACACGGCGGUGCAGAACAGCAAGAACGCGAAGGAGAAGGGCCUGAAGCGGCACUCGCUGAUCUCGGUGCUGCCCUGGAAGCGCAUCGCCGCCGUCUCCGCCAAGAAGAAGAGCUCCAAGAAGGUGCAGCCCAACGGCGGCUACCAGAGCAACGUCACCCACCUCAACAACGAGAACCUGAAGAAGUCCCUCUCCUGCGCCAACCUCGCCACCUUCGCCCCCCCGCCGCCCCCGGCCGCCGCCGCCCUCUCCUCGGCGCAGAAGGUGCCCCCGGCCGCCCCCGCCGCCGCCACCGCCGCGACCCCCCGGCGGGUGGUGGUCCAGGCGUCCACCAGCGAGCUGCUGCGCUGCCUGGGCGAGUUCCUCUGCCGCCGCUGCUACCGGCUCAAGCACCUCUCGCCCACCGACCCCGUGCUCUGGCUGCGCUCCGUGGACCGCUCGCUGCUGCUGCAGGGCUGGCAGGACCAGGGCUUCAUCACGCCGGCCAACGUGGUCUUCCUCUACAUGCUCUGCCGGGAUGUCAUCUCGGCCGAGGUGGCCACCGACCACGAACUGCAGGCAGUGCUGCUCACCUGCCUGUACCUCUCCUACUCCUACAUGGGCAACGAGAUCUCCUACCCGCUCAAGCCCUUCCUGGUGGAGAGCUGUAAGGAGGCCUUCUGGGACCGCUGCCUCUCCAUCAUCGACCUCAUGAGCCCCAAGAUGCUGCAGGUCAACGCCGACCCGCACUACUUCACCCAGGUCUUCGCCGACCUCAAGAAGGAAAGCGGAGCCGAGGAGAAGGGGCGGCUGCUCAUCGGCCUGGACCGGUGAGCGCCCGCCCGGCCCCCGGGAUGCUCCGGCCCCGGACACGCUUCGCUCCCGGCCGUAUCCCGGGGGGGCUUUGCCAGGCGGGGGCUGCCCUUGGGGAGUCGGGGGGGCACACGGGGAAGGGAGGGGGGGAUGAAACUGCCGGGGGGCCGGAGCGCAGACCCUCCCUCGCCCCCCUCUCCCCUCCCCGGCUCGCUCCUUUUUCCGCCGUUGCCUCCUCCCCAUCCCGCGGGUGCUCCGGUACCGGGGGAAUUUCAGCAAAUUGGGGAGGGGAGAGGGGGGAAUCCCUUCCUCCCCAGCUUGACCCCCCCCCCUCCUCACCACCACCACCCCCUUGGACCCCCGCGGCGGGGGGAGCGGAGCGGGGCUCCGCGGCGGGGCCGGUCACCGCAUCACCGAGACAAAGAGCAGGUAGGGGAGGAGGGGAGGAGGGAAAAAAACAAAACAGGAGGGAAAAAAAAAAAAAAAGGGGAAAAAAAAGAUAAAAGGCCUAAAGGCGUCACCGGAGGCGGCUGAACGGGGCCGAUCGUGACUUACCGGCGCCGGAGCAGCCGGUAACGGGACAGAGACCCCCCCAGCCCCCACCCCUCCCAAUCCCUUUAUUUAUUUUCUUUGAAGAGACUCGAAUUUCCCGAGCGGGUCUGGGUGAAGGGAAAUAAUCGCUACUGUAUCAUGACAUCAAUGUGAAAUGUCUUGUUCCCAUCGUGCACUGAUCAUGAGUAUUGUGUAAAGGAUCUACUUGAGUGUGCAAGCAAGGAAAGAAUCUACAUGCUGCUAUAUGAAUACUUUUAGAACAAAAAAAAAAAAAACAAAAAAGAAGAAAAAAAAAAGAAGAAAAAAAAUUACUAACGUACGGGGGGGGAAAAAAAGAAAAACCCUUCUUUAUUCUUUCAUUGUUGCUUUUACAGUGGUAUUGCGCAUGCAAACAGGAGCAUUUUGUGUCUUCAGAAAAAAAAAGGAAAAAAAACACAUUAAAAAAAUAAUAAUCAAAUGAAAAACCUUAAUGAGAGACGGCUGUAAAAAUUCCACCCAUGCACAAAGACCCGACACCACCCUGAUACCGCAGUCUUGAGCUGGUGUUCCCUUAUCAGGCCUGGGGACUGAUAAGUUCUUUUUUUGGGUUUUUAUAUAUUUUUUUCUCCGUGUGCACAGUUCUAGUUUAGUUCUGGUCCAUUGGGCGUUGAAACUUGCAGAUGAGAGGGAGAAAUAACGUGCCAUUUAUUUUUAUUUUUGGUUUUGUUUUCACUUGAAGCUCUCCAUCGCUGUACAUUGGACCCUGCUAAUGAUACAUGUGUACGUAUGUUUUUUUUAGUGCAAUCUCUUCUGUAGCUCUUUGUUGACCAAAAUUGGUGGGUAUUGUUAAUUAAUUUAUAUUUGUCUCAUUUUGUAUGUAUGUGUAUAGUGUGUUUGUAAGUAUGUGUGGUUUAUAACCCGACCGACUGUGUCAUGGGGCUCAGUGUGCCUGUAAUUUAAUCCCCCCUCCCCUUAUUUUUAUUUAUUUUUGUACUGUGCUGAUUAAAUAAAAAUGCACUGACCAUCCAUUACACGGCA